ACUCUCUCUCUCUCUCUCUCUCUCUCUCUCUCUCCUGCACCACACCGCAGGUGCGCCAAGGAGUCAAUAAGCCUCUUGGAUAGAGAGCAGCAGAGAGCCAUGAAGACGUCGAGCGGCGGCCAUGUGAUCGGAGUGCCUGUCACCUCCAAGUCGUACGCCAUCGAGGAUGCGACGAGGGACCGGCCAGCGGCUAAGAAGGACGGCGAUCGCCUUGCGGUCUCGCUGACGCACCCGAGCCCCUACACGUCUUUCGGCUACAAGCACAGCAGCAAGGGUCAAGCGAUCCACUGGGUGAGCAAGCUGGGCAGACGAGCUCAGAGCUUCAGGGACCAUGUGACCUUGGGGCCGAAGUUGUCGGAGACAGUGAAGGGGAAGCUAAGCCUGGGCGCUAGAAUCCUGCAGGCCGGCGGCGUGGAGCGUGUGUUCCGGCAGGCCUUCUCGGCCGAGAAAGGCGAGCGUCUGGUGAAGGCCCUCCAGUGCUACCUCUACACCACCAGCGGCCCCAUCGCCGGGAUGCUCUUCGUGUCCACCCGCAAGAUCGCUUUCCGCAGCGACCGCUCACUCACCGUCACCUCCCCGUCCGGCGACGUCGUCGCCCGGGUGCCCUACAAGGUGGUGGUUCCUCUGAGGAGGAUCAAGAGGGUGAGGCCCAGUGAGAACGCCGACAAGCCGGAGCAGAAGUACAUACAGGUGGUCACCGUGGACGGGUUCGAGUUCUGGUUCAUGGGGUUCGUGAGCUACCAGAGAUGCUGCAAGUACAUGCAGCAGGUGAUCUCGGAACUGUAGCUUAUGGCUCGAUCGACGUGUCCGGUCGCCGUGGAGGUCCGUGCGAGCGUGCAUCCUAUCUGUCUGGCAGUAGAAGUGAAGUUUGUGGGCAAGCGUGCGCGCCUGCACGGCAACGUCUUGUUGGAACGUUCGUAGUUCCGAACUGCUCCACCAUUUUUCUGAUGGGAGCACGUUCCUUCUUCGUCUUGUGGUCUGGAUUGGGUGACAAUUGUGCGAUCUUCAAAGGUCUGUUAGUAGUAUUGAUGGACCAAGGAACUUGGUUUUACUAAAUGAAAAUAUUUCAACCGUUCUUACAACGACGAGGAUUAGUCUUUCUUUCCUCAGUCUUUUGGUGUGGUUCAUAAAAAAGCAGGGACGGAGCUUCAUGGAGGCCAACAUGGGUCAUGACCCCGUGUU